CGCCACACCCCCUUGGCGGCGGAUGAGGUUUGCCCUGGGGCUUCUGGUCGACGUGACUGGUCUCCUUACUGUGUCCUCGCCGGGGUGUGCUGGGACGCCCCCGCUGGAGAUGAAGGAUUUGGGGACAGAGGACUUGGCAGGUCACGAAGGGGUCCAGCUCUUCGGAUUGUUGAGCCUCUACCUGGAACAAGAACAGAGAUUCCAACCUCGAGAAAAAGGGCUGAGCUUGAUCGAGGCUACCCCAGAGAAUGAUAACACUUUGUGUUCAAGAUUGAGAAAUGCCAAAGUAGAAGAUUUAAGGAGUUUAACCAACUUUUUUGGAUCUUGCACUGAAACUUUUGUCCUGGCUGUUAAUAUUUUGGACAGAUUCUUGGCUCUUAUGAAGGUGAAACCUAAACAUUUGUCUUGUAUUGGAGUAUGUUGUUUUUUACUGGCUGCUAGAAUAGUUGAGGAAGAAUGCAAUAUUCCAUCCACUCAUGAUGUAAUCCGGAUUAGUCAGUGUAAAUGUACCGCCUCUGACAUAAAACGGAUGGAAAAAAUAAUUUCGGAAAAAUUGGACUAUGAAUUGGAAGCUACUACUGCCUUAAACUUUUUGCACUUAUACCACACUAUUGUACUUUGUCAUACUUCAGAAAGAAAAGAAAUAUUGAGCCUUGAUAAACUGGAAGCUCAGCUGAAAGCUUGCAACUGCCGACUUGUGUUUUCAAAAGCAAAACCAUCUGUGUUAGCUUUGUGCCUUCUUAAUCUGGAAAUAGAAACUUUGAAAUCCAUUGAAUUAUUGGAAAUUCUCCUGCUUGUUAAAAAACAUUCCAAGGUUAACGACACUGAGUUCUUUUACUGGAGGGAGUUGGUUUCUAAAUGUCUAGCAGAGUAUUCUUCUCCCGAAUGUUGCAAACCAGAUCAUAAAAAGCUGGUUUGGAUUGUUUCAAGGCGCACAGCCCAGAACCUCCACAAUAGCUACUAUAGUGUUCCCGAGUUGCCAACAAUACCAGAGGGGGGUUGUUUUGAUGAAAGUGAAAGUGAGGACUCUUGUGAAGACAUGAGUUGUGGAGAAGAGAAUCUCAGCAGCUCUCCUCCCAGUGAUCAGGAGUGCACCUUCUUUUUCACCUUCAAAGUGGCACAGGCACUGUGCCUACCGUCUUAGAAAUCUAAUUGUUCUGUGUCAGAAUUUAAAGUGUGCGUACAGGUUUCUAAGCAAUAAAUGGGGGUGUAGGUAGUUUUCAGGUCCAGCCCCCAUCUAGGCAGGGACUGCAUAGACUAGAAUACCUACCUUCUAUUUAUUAUUAUUCAGAUCAGAUCUGGCCUAUUUUCAUAUUUAAUCCUAAGCCAUCAAGUGGGUUAGUGCCUCUUAAACAAUUGAAAAAUUUUAAACAUCGGCACUUUAUUUUCCUCUUUGAACUUAGCUACUUGGGGGAGGACAGUAAGGGCUGUUACCUUCACUUUACUACUUUUCAAGGAGAUUUUUAAAGAUGAAUAAUGUAAGUUAUCUUAAACUUUUUAUAAAGCUUUCAGGUGUCUUUAUUUAAACAGUUUGGGAGUGCAAAUGCUUCCUUAGCAGGGACAAUGGAUAAUCCUUUAAUGGUUUAUCUUAGGUCUUCCCCAACCUCAUUCUCAGAAGAGAGAAUAUACUCUUAAAUGUCAGACACUUUGUUGUUUUGUUUUUUAAAUGAUCAGUGUACUAUCUGAUGCAGACCCUAAAUUUAGAAAUUACAAUUACUGACAUUUCUGUGAAUUUUAGUAUGUAAUGUCUUCAUUGAGAUUUCUGGUAAAGCAGAAAUAAUUGACAGGCUAGGGCUGUUAGAUAGUUGCAUUCCUAGUACCUAAGUAUUAUCAGACUGUAGUAUUAUUUUAAUGUUAUUAAAACAAUCCAUAAUCUGCUAGUUUUGCAUGUACCUGUACAAAAGCAGCACAGGAAAUUGAACAGAACUAGGUAACUAUGGAAUUGAUAAAUGCUGAUCUAAUAGAACAUUUUAUCUAAUUUUCUUAUAUUAAAAAUGCAUGGUUGUGUUUUGCUUCCUUUAUUAUUCACAUUUCAGAAAUAAUGGUAUUAGUAUAUGGGUGCCAAGAUUGAGUAUGAAGUAAGAAAAAAAAAAGUGUAGUAUUAUAGUUUUAAGCAUAUCUGUGUGGUGAUGCAUCCGUAAGAAUGGGGAUAUGUAAACUCUGUACACAUUAGGUUUUGUACAGAGAAUUUUUUUAACUUUAUAAAUUUUUGUAUAUGAAAAUGUAAAUCUUAAAAAAUGUACAUAAAAAUACUGUAUUUUUUUACCUUGCGUGUGUGAUAGUCUAGUCAUUGCAUGUAAAUAUAAUUUAUUGUGUAUUCUGUAUAAUAAAUUACACAUUGAUGACUUACUUUUUUACUGGUAAGUCAGCAUCCAUGGGACGUUUUUCUGAAGUGGAUUUUUUGAAGUGGUUACAGAUUACAGCUCAAAAUAAAAAUAUUAAUAAAUUA